AUGAAGAAAACCGUGAGCCUGGCACUCAGGUUCGCAGAAAAGACAAGGAAUGAUCUCGUAAAGGGACAAGACCAAAUUACAGCCAUCGAAGCUGAUUACCGGGACGAAACGGUCUUGCGCAACAAUCAUCUUCGGCGAACCGAGGCCUUGGAAGAUACGACCUCAGGGAUAAAGGAUGACUUGGAACGGCUUGCAAGGGAAACCGAACAAGGAUUCACAGAGGUAGAAGAGGACCUAGGAUGGAGGGUCACCGAUCUGGAAAACAAGAAUGCAAGCCUUGAAGACCGCAACAACAAGCUCGAAGACGACCUCAAGGCGCUCACCGCACAAGUAGAUGAACUAAUCAAGGCCAAGGUGAAUGCUGAUACGGCGGUUGAGGAAGCCAACGCUCGAGCGGCUAAGGAAGUCCAGGAUGCGCUGGACGAAGAAGCAAGAUUAGCAAAGGAGCCACCACGACUUUCUGAGGAGGAAAUAGCCGAGCGUGAACGAAGGACACUAGCUAAGUAUCCGGGACUUGCAGAGUCCGUAGCCGCUCAGCAACGAGAGGAUGAAGAGCGGUUAAAUAAUGAAAGACAAAGACUCGCCGACUUUGCAAAAGCUCACAAGAAGAAAAAGGAGGCCCCUUCCUCUCCGGUUCCGGCAAAACGGAAAAGGAAAACAUCAAAGAAGGAUCAAGUAGCCGGGCUGCUGGAAAGAAUCACUGACACGGUUAUUGAAAAUCAACCAGACCCGGCUACUCACACCGAUGAUGAAGAUGAAGGGCAACUAGAGCAGCGUUCUACAAGACAGCGAGUCUCCAAUACGGCCAGUCAACCGCAACCGGUUAAGAGAAAACGGACCAAGGAUAUGAUGGACGGCUUCAACUUCUCCGACUCAGAAUAG